AUGAACCGACUCAGACCCAGGGCCACAAUCCCUGAUUCGGACGAUUCACAAGUCAGUGAUACGUCAUUGAAAAAUUCCUCAUACCUUCGUCGAUCGAGUCGAUCGGGACCCCUGCGAGCAGGUGGGUCAUCCCUUUCUCAGUCUCGGCCCCAGCGCGUCAUACAGGAUUCUGAGACUGAUGGGGAUGACUCCAUCGAUCGAUCGGACGUGUUGGCGGAAGAAGUGCCUGUGCCGGUGGAGAAGCCUGCGGUGGUCAUACCGGUGAAGAAGUCACCAAUCCUCGGGGGAAACCAAUCCACAGCUUACAGUACACCAGCCACGAGCGUUGGGCCUAUCACCACAGACUCAGACUCCAAGGCCCCACACGCGAAUGCUUCUCAGCGCGCGAAAAAGACUCAGGCAAACGCGUCGUCCACGAGAGGGUCAGCCAAGGGCAAUCGAGCCGUGGAGGAUUCGACGGAUGAUGAUGCCUCUGAUCUGCCGCUGGCCAAGAAAAGACCAACGAAACGAUCUACUGCCAAUGCCCAGGCCUCAACCCGUGUCAAUGCCUCUCAGCGUGCCAAAAAUUUAAAUACCAGCGCGAUGUCGCUUGGAGCGUCAGGUUCCAAGAGAGGGACUAAACGAGCCGCAACUAACUGGUUAGAUGACGAUGCGUCAGCUUCAGAUGCACCGUUGGCCACCAGAAGAGGGACAAAGCGGUCCGCUGCUACUGCGGAUGCUCCAGAUGCCGAUGCCGAAGAUGCUGCGUUGGCUCAUGCUCUCCAGAUGGCGGAGUAUGACGUGCCACCGUUCAAACAAGUGAAAUUCACACCCAAAGAGGCAUUAGGCAUGGAUGCUGACUCCGACGACUCUUAUAUCUCGUUACUUGCGUACUCAUCUGAGGCCUCGACCUCUGAUGACGAGCUGGAUCCCUUGAGCGUCCCAGCGGGGCGCCAAUCUACCGCUCGGCCGGCUGCUCAGAGACCGAUUGGCGAGGCAGACGGUGACGAGUCAGAAGAGGAUCUUCCUCCCAGUUGGGAACAGCAGCGAAAGGCCAAGCGCGUAGAAGCAGAUCGCAAGAAAUUGGAGAAGACGCACCCAGUCCUCAGCACCAUGUGGGAGCUUCUGAAAGCACAGCCUGUGCUUCCGCCACAGGCAGCUAAGCAACCCACCUCGAUCACCCGCAAUCUCAAACCCUUCCAGCUCGAAGGGUUGAGCUGGAUGAUCCGGCAAGAACAAACCCAAUACCGGGGUGGCUUGCUGGGCGACGAGAUGGGCAUGGGAAAGACAAUCCAAGCCGUUUCACUCAUCAUGUCUGAUUAUCCUCAGCCCGAUCCCACGCUCGUUCUGGUGCCUCCUGUCGCUCUGAUGCAAUGGGUGGCCGAGAUCAAAGCAUACACCGACGGCAAAUUGAAAGUACUUGUGUUUCACAAUUCAGACCCCAAAAUCAAAAAGCUGACCGAAGCCGACGUUCGCAAAUACGAUGUCAUCAUGGUGUCCUACUCCAGCCUGGAAUCCAUGUACCGAAAGCAGGAAAAGGGAUUUGGCCGUGGAGAGGACCUUGUCAAGUCUAACAGUGUUCUCCAUGCCGUACACUACCAUCGCCUCGUUCUUGACGAGGCACAUAGUAUCAAAUCGCGCACUACCGGGGUUGCCAAAGCCUGCUUUGCUUUAGAAGCCAAUUACAAGUGGUGUCUUUCUGGCACACCGGUCCAAAACCGCAUUGGAGAAUUCUUCUCCCUGCUCCGCUUUUUACAGGUCAAACCUUUUGCGUGCUAUUUUUGCAAGAAUUGCCCCUGCGAGCAGCUUCAGUGGACCCAGAACGCGGAGGGAAAAUGUACCGCAUGUUCCCACACGGGCUUCCAGCAUAUCUCCGUGUUCAACAAGGAGAUUCUCAACCCCAUCACCGAGGGUCGGACCCAGGCCCAGCGCAAGGCUGGCUUGGACAAGCUGCGUCUCAUCACGGAUCACAUCAUGCUCCGUCGCAUGAAGGAGGACCAUACCGGGUCGAUGGAGCUGCCGCCCAAGCGGAUCACGUUGCACAAUGAGUUCUUCGGGGAGAUCGAACAUGAUUUCUCGCGCAGCAUCAUGACCAACUCCACGCGCAAAUUUGACACCUAUGUCAGUCAGGGUGUCAUGUUGAACAACUACGCCAAUAUCUUUGGUCUGAUCAUGCAAAUGCGCCAAGUGGCCAACCACCCGGAUCUCAUCCUCAAGAAGAAGACGCAAGCUGGGUUCAACGUGGCGGUGUGUUCCGUCUGUGACGAGCCUGCCGAGGACGCGAUUCGGUCCCAGUGCCGCCACGAGUUCUGCCGCCAGUGUGCCAAGGACUACAUUCAGUCAUUCCAAGAUGACAGUCAGCAUGUCGAUUGCCCCCGAUGCCAUAUUGCGCUAUCCAUUGAUCUGGAGCAACCGACCUUGGAGGAAUACGAGGAUUCGGUGAAGAAGAAUUCUAUCAUCAAUCGUAUCUCCAUGGAGAACUGGACCUCGUCCACCAAGAUUGAAAUGUUACUCUACGAGCUCUUCCAAGAGAGGAGUAAAAGCCAUACGCCGAAAUCGAUCAUCUUCUCGCAGUUCACUUCCAUGCUGCAAUUGGUGGAGUGGCGUCUGCGGCAUGCGGGAUUCAACACGGUGAUGCUGGAUGGAUCGAUGACCCCGGCCCAGCGACAAAAGUCGAUUGAACACUUCAUGACCAAGCCGGAGGUGGAAGUGUUCCUCGUGUCGCUCAAGGCCGGUGGCGUGGCGCUCAACCUGACGGAGGCGUCGCGGGUGUUCAUCAUCGACCCCUGGUGGAACCCCGCGGCGGAGUGGCAGAGUGCCGAUCGGAGCCACCGCAUCGGCCAGCAGCGGCCGUGUGUGGUCACACGGUUAUGCAUUGAGGACUCGGUCGAGUCUCGAAUCAUCCAGUUGCAAGAGAAGAAGGCCAAUCUCAUUCGGGGUACCCUGAACAAGGACCAAGCGGCGGCGCUGGAAAAGCUCACCCCGGAGGACAUGUCGUUCCUCUUCCGGGGAACUUGA